UUUUUACAUCUCGUAAGGUCCUAAACGUCCUAAACGUUAUUUUCUGUUUUUUAGUAAAGUUUGUUAGACUAAUCGAUAUACAGGAUGAACGAUCGAUCAUACUUAAUCAUCGUAUUAGCGAUGAUCCUUUUAAUAAGUUCGUCGUUUGCUUGGCCGUAUAGACGUCGAGAUGUCUUUGACAAUGCGAUAGAUAGUCCAGGUGGGCUGGUAUCUUAUUUGCAACAUCUUGGGGAGGCACUAUAUGGUUUGCCAAGUAACGAGACGGGUUAUAAAGUAGCUAACUGGCACGAAGGAAUGUCUGUUAAUCCUGAAGAAUUGGGUAAUUACGUUGAAGGUGAUAUCCUUUUUCCACUUGGAAUGGGUAGAAACGGUUUAAAGGCAGACGCUGCUAGAUGGCCUAACGGUAUCAUCCCUUACAUGAUCAGUCCUUACUUUGACGAGAGACAACGUAAACUCAUUCAUGAUGCUAUGGAGGAAUACCGCAAGUACACGUGCAUCAAGUUCAAGCCGUAUACCGGCGAGGAAAGUGAUUACAUUAGAAUUACAGCAGGUACUACCGGUUGCUGGAGUAGUGUAGGUAGAAUUGGUGGACGGCAAGACGUGAAUCUUCAGGUACCGGGAUGCGUGACCAAGAUGGGUACCGUGAUUCAUGAAUUGAUGCACGCUGUUGGUUUUUUUCAUGAACAGAGUAGAUACGAGCGAGAUGAAUAUGUUACUAUAAAAUGGAACAACAUCAUGAAUGGUCACGAAAGUAAUUUCGAAAAGGCUUCGAGAGAACUCACCGAUGCAUUUGGUGUUGGCUAUGAUUAUGGUAGCGUGAUGCAUUACUCUGCCUACGCGUUUUCCAAAAAUGGAGAACCUACUAUAGUACCGAAAGAACCAGGUGGUCUUUUGGGUCUUAUCGGAGAAAUCUUCCAGGGUAAAACAAAAGUUGAACUUGGACAGCGGGAGGGACUCAGUAAACGAGACAUUCAAAAAAUUCGCAAAAUGUACCACUGCAACAAACGUAGACGUAGUCAUAAUUGAUUUUUUUUUCUUUAGUAUCACGAAUUGUAUCAUUUCUAAUAUGCACUCACGAUCAAUACGAGCAUCUAGUCGUAGAAUUAGAUCAUAGAUCUCAGAUAUAUUUUUAAGUUGGCACGUGUUUUAAACAAAAAAAUAUUAUAUUUACUUUCACCGUUUUUUUUAUAUGUUGCGUAGUUUACGCUAUCAGUAUUAUAUAAUAUUA